AUGGUUAACUUCACCGUCGUCAAUGGGCAGGUUUACACCCCCGGGCUAGCAAUCGUCGAUGCGCCACAGCCCAACACGCCACUGGGAGGAGAUAACCUCCAAGUCGCAAUCGAUGUCUCCGGCAAUGGCCAACUACCAUGGCCAAGCCAGAGCGACUCAUCCACCAAGUUCCACAGUAUAACCCUGUUCUUGACUUCCGAGUCCAAAUCCCACAAUUUCACCAUCUCCAACGGGACAAAACCAGCCUCAAACUCAAGCUACGCCUACCCGGUAUUGGACCUGGAGCCAUCGUCGACCGUCAAGCAUGUGAACUGGAUCUGGCCCGAGUGCCUAGUCGGCGAUGGAUCCGACUCCAAGGAUUCGGCUCGUGGUGCAUACAAUAUCUCCAUGCACCAAGCGUUCCGGUGGAAUGACACCGAUUACUACACUGUUUUUGACCUCCCGAUCUCGGUCACCAACAGUAUUUCUAAGAGCGACGAUCGGGCCGACUGCGAUUUGCUCGAGAAUAAGCUUCUUACAGCUGCGGAGAUUGAGGAGAGCUCAGAUACAUUGCCUGGCCAGCCCUGGGUGGAGGGAGUGAGCACAACGUCCAGUUCGGGGCCUGCUGAGACCGGAACUGGAAAUCAUUGUCAUGCUGGACUCAAGAGAAUCAUGGGCGCUGUCUUUGCCGUGACGGCGGUUUUGAAUUUGUUGGUUUGA